AUGCUGUUCAAGGGCAACAGCAGCCGGCUGGAGCUGCUCAUCGAGAAGAUCCAGGCCAACAAGGAGAACCACCACGUCAGCGAGCAGGACAUCAAAGAUGCCCUCGGCACGGACCCCGGCUCCUCGUGGCGCUCCGAGACGCCCGAGGACGCCACGUCGCCGUCGCCCAGCAGCUGCGCGACCCCCAACUCGGCGACGGACGUGGCCGACUCGGAGCUCGCCUUCACCGUCGGCGUCACCGAGGGCACGCCCUACGCCUGCUCCUUCUGCGACAAGGCCUUCCCGCGCCUGUCCUACCUCAAGAAGCACGAGCAGACGCACAGCGACCAGAUGCCGUUUCGGUGCGAGUUCUGCAGCAGGCUGUUCAAGCACAAGCGCAGCCGCGACCGCCACAUCAAGCUGCACACCGGCGACAAGAAGUACCGCUGCACCCAGUGCGAGGCCGCCUUUAGCCGCAGUGACCACCUCAAGAUCCACAUGAAGACGCACGACAACCAGAAGCCGUUCCAGUGCACGGUGUGCAACCGCGGCUACAACACGGCGGCCGCGCUCACCUCGCACAUGCAGAACCACAAGAAGGCGGCCGACUCGGCGUCCAACGGCGGCGCCUCCAACGGCCGCUCGUCGUCCCGGGCGUCGUCCGACAACACGCCGUCGCCGGGCACCUUCCGCUGCCUGCAGUGUGGGGACUGCUUCCGCAAGCCGGAGGACCUGCAGUCGCACAUGGCGAGCCAGCACCACGUGGACAUGGGGUCGCCGCCGUCGCGCAGUGCCAGCAGAGGGCUGCUGCUGGACUCGCCGCUGUCGCGGUCGCCCUUCCCGCCGCACAGCCUGGCCUGCAUCUACUGCACCAAGGACUCGUUCCCCAACAUGGAGGCCCUGCAGCUGCACGUGCAGGCCAUGCACGGCGCGCUGCUCAACGGCGAGCUCCGCGACCUGGCGGCGCAGGCGGCGCAAGCCGCGCGGGGGCGGCCCCCGGUGGAGGACCCCCCUCGCGGCUCGCCGACCACGCCCAACCCGCCCACGCCCACCACGCCCAACGCGGGCGGCAGCGGCGGCGGGCUCAUCCCUUGCGAGCUGUGCACCAUGAGGUUCAACUCGAUUGGCGGGCUGCACAAGCACCAGCGCGCCGUCCACGGGCUGAGCGGACCCAAGUUCCUGGGCGACCCUUCCCCCAUCCUGUGCGUGCACUGCUCGCUGCCCUUCCCGUCGUCCGCCGCCUUCGCCGAGCACUACGUCCUGGUGCACGGCGGUGCCCUCACGCGGUCGCCGUCGCCGAAGACGUCCGGCAGGCGUGGCGAUCGGGGCGACGACAAGGCCAUGGGCAUGCCGCCGUCCAAGCGGUCCAAGGCCAACCACGACCUGCCGCCACUGCCCCUCGACGGCCUUAUGGGCCGCGAGUACGAGGCAGGCCCUCUGCUGUGCAACCAGUGCGGCGCGGCGGUGCCCGACUUCGAGUCGUUCCGCGUGCACCUCAAGGCCCACCUGGAGGAGUCUGGCGCCGGGCUGCGCUCGCUGCUGGGGGCGGACCUGCUCGGCCUGCUGCCCCCCGGGCCCGGCACGCCGCUCGGCACGCCACUCGGCUCCCUGGGGCCGCUGGGGCCGUUGGGUAAUCUGCCGCUGGGGCCGCCCCCCGCCGCGGACGAACCUCCCUCCCGCAGCCACCGCCGCAGCCCGUCCAGUGGGUCCCCGUCCGGGCUGAGCUGCCCGCACUGCGGCAUGCAGUUCACGGCCAGCGCCGCCAGCUCGGAGGAGCGGCUCAGCGUGGGCGGCCAGCUGGAGCGACACGUCGCCGAGCACUUCCUGGCCACGGCCACCGAGUUCGGCUGCCCGACAUGCAGCAAGCUCUUUGCCAAGCCGGACGAGCUGCAGAAGCACCUCAUGGACAUCCACGCGCACCACCUGUACCGCUGCGCCCUCUGCCAGGAGCUGUUUGACUCCAAGGUGGCCAUCCAGGUGCACUUCGCCGUCAAGCACUCGUCGGCCUGCCCGCUGUACCGGUGCACGGCGUGCCCGGCCUCCUCGGCGCCGUCGGUGUUCCGCUCGGACAGGGAGUUCGGGCACCACGUCCGCACGGCGCACGCCUCGCACCCCCUGUUGGCGGCGACGCACGCGCUGCUGCUGCAAUACCAGCAGAAGCUACAGCAACGUGACCAGCAGCGGGAGCAGCGGGACCGCGAUCGAGAGCACCGCGACCGCGAGCGUGAGCGCGACCGCGAGCACCGCGACCGCGAGCGAGAGAGGGAGCGCGAGGCUAGUGCGGAGCAGCAGCAAGGCGGGCCGUACCGCUGCCUGUUCUGCCGCGCGUCCUUCUCCUCCGAGCUGGAGCUGCAGUUCCACCUGCCCACGCACACGCGCCAGUUCCACUGCCCCAUGCCGCUCUGCGGGGAGACCUUCCAGGUCGAGUUCCUGCUGGACAAGCACAUGCAGACGCAGCACUCCGGCAGCGUCCAGGCGAUGCUCAACGGCGUGGCCCGGGAAGGGGACCGCGACGCGACCAACGGCGACGCGACGCUGGCGGACCCUCUGCUCAACAACAACCAGGCCGGCGCGUCGUGCGACAUCUGCGAUCGCGGCGACUUCGCCAGCGAGGCGGAGCUGGCCGCGCACCGCAAGCUAGCCCACCACAAGGCCAGCCCCGGAGGCAACGGCGCCUCCGCCAAGAACGGCGCCGUCAGCCUGCUGUGCGCGUACUGCAACGAGAGCUGCAAGUCGCGCGCCGAGCUCGAGAACCACAUGAAGACGCACUCGCACCAGGGGACGGCCGGCCUGGGCGGCACGGGCAAGCACAAGUGCAACAUCUGCGACGAGCUGUGCCCUUCAGCCGCCGUCCUCGCCGAGCACAAGCUGACCCACUGCAAGGUGGUGCAGGGCUCGGCGUGCACGGUGUGCCGCGCCGCCGUCACCACCGAGGAGCAGUUCCGUGCGCACCUGCGUCAGCACGCGCAGCCCAGCGGCCAGGGUGGCCAGGGCGGCAACCCCACCGCCGCCAACGCGCCCCUCUGCCUACCCGUGCAGUGCGUCAUCUGCCGCCAGACCCUGGUCUCCGACGUGGAGGUGCGGCUGCACGCGCGCUUCCACCUGCAGGGCGGCCAGGCCGAACAGCCCUCCAGCUCGCCCGACGCCAACACCGCCACCUGCUGCAUCUGCCUGCAAAGCGCCGAGGCGACCACCAUGGUGCCCACCAGCUCCACGCCUAUCCCGGGGCAGCCCAUGUCGUACGUGUGCACGGACUGCUACCGCCGCCACUCGAAGCUGUCCUCGCGGUCCCCUAGCGCGGGCCAGGUGUCGCCCAGCCAACCCCAGGAUGACACCAAGGAGUCCCGGAAGGAGUCCCGGACCCCCGCGUCCGAGAGGACCGGCCAGGACGCGGCCACGCCGCCGCGCUGCGCAGAGUGCGGCGUCAAGACGGAGUCAGCCGCCGCCCUGGAAGCGCACAUGGCCUCCGUGCACAAGAACACGUACCAGUGCAUCAAGUGUCAGGCGAGCUUCGAGACGGAGCGCGACAUCCGGCGGCACGUGUCGGCGCACUUGCUGGCGGAGGGCUCCGCGGCCAACGAGUGCCGCCUCUGCCGCCGCCAGCUGUCCACGCCACUGCAGCUGCAGCUGCACCUCAUCGAGCACACGUUCGCCGGCUGCGCGUCCUUCACCUGCUACAUCUGCAGCGCCGUGUUCACCGCCGCUCGCGGCCUCCAGGCGCACAUGCUGGAGCACGGCCUGGCGGCGCGGCCCUACGACUGCUCGCACUGCGGCCUGCGCUUCUUCUUCCGCGCGGAGCUGGACAACCACACGCUCGGCCACCACGCGCACGCCCUGGCGCAGCCGCGCGCGCUAGGCUCCAACGGGCUGGACCUGCACUACUACACCGUGCCCGGCGGCGCGCUGGCCGCUGACGCGUCCAAGUCUCCGCGGAAGUCCCCGGGCCGCAGCAACGGCCGGGACCGCGAGGCCAGCGGCGGUCGCGGCAGCACGUCGGCGGCGUCCCCGAGGCCGCGGUGCCUCAUCUGUGGCAAGGACCUGCCGUCGGCGCGCGCGCUCGCCGCCCACCUGCGAUCUAGUCACGGCAUGCAGGACAACGGCGGCGUGGCGCUGGACGGCGACAUGCAGGUGUGCCUGCUCUGCAAGGAGGUGCUGCCGGACCGCGACGCGCUGCUCGUGCACCUGGCCGUGCAGCACCCCGCGCCCAUGCCCCUCGACAUGGCGCUGCUCAGCCAGGCGCACGCGCUGCAGCAGCAACAGCAGGGCGUCAAGCAGGAGCCGUCGUCCGUCCAAAAGAUGCACUCAAUAAUGUUAAACCACAUUGAUUGUACAGAAAUAUUUCUGAAUAGUGAAAAGGUGGGUUGUCAUUGUGAUAGAAGUUUUAUAUUUUAUAUUCCAGUAGUAUACCCUACUUAUGAUCACAUCAAAUGUUAUAUGCAUGCAUAG